GACAGGUCCCAUAUCCUACCUGCGGAAAGUGUCUCUGCUGAGCCAGGCUUGCUCCUGCAGGUUGUCAUUCAGCCACCAGAGGGGCGGGUAUUGGAAUCUGUCCAAUCAGGAGGCCGCUGAGGCAGGUGGGUGGGGCGAGGCGCCGAGCCGCCGUGGACGUCCUUUAUCCUUCCCGCCGUGCUCGCGGUUCGUGUUGUGUACUCUUCGGGGUCCCUGGUUGCUCCUCCGUAUCUUCUGUGGCGCCCUGAGCUGCCCUUGUCGUUGGAGUCGAGGGAAGGACGCAGAAAGACCUAGGAAACCUUGCAAUGGACUCACUGGCCAUUGAGGAUGUGGCUGUGAACUUCACCCUGGAGGAGUGGGCUUUAUUGGAUCCUUCACAAAAGAAACUCUACAGAGAUGUGAUGCAGGAAAUCUUCUGGAACCUGACCUCAGUCAGAAAAACAUGGGAAGGUCAUGACAUUGGAGAUCAGUACAAAAGCCAGGCGCAAAAACUAAGAAGUCACAUGGUAGAGAGACUCUCUGAAAGUAAAGACAGUAGUCUAUGUGGAGAAAACUUCAACCUUAUUCCAACUGUCAAUCUAAACAAGAAAACUCCUGGAUUAAAACCAUGGGAAUGCAGUGCAUGUGCAACAGUCUUCACGGAUCAGUCAUCUCUUAUUAAACACAUGAGCUGUCACACUGAACGUAAACCAGAAGAGUUUCAAAAAUACGAUGACAAGCUAUAUAAAUGUAAGGAAGGUGGUAAAGCCUCUAAUUAUUUUACUUCCUUCCUAGUGCACAAAAGAAGUCACACUGGAGAGAAACUGUAUGAAUGUAAAACGUGCUCUAAAGCAGUGAGUACUCAGUGCUCUUCGGAAACAUGAAAGAACCCACACUGGAGAAAAACCGUGUAAGUGUAAGGAAUGUGGGAAAGCCUUCACAUGGCUCAUAACCUUUCAGAAACACAUGAUUACACACACUGGAGAUGGACCUUAUAAAUGUAAGGAAUG